AUGGACAGGUUACAAGCCCUCGAGGCUGCGCUGGAGAAGAUUGUGCUCGACCCGAAAUACCACGACAUCCUCACGCUGGUAAAAGGCGUGCGGAAUGGCAUCGUGUAUGGGGCCAAAGUGCGCUUCCCGCACGCACUUGUCAUGAUCUUCCUCUUUCGCUCCGGAACAUUACGAUCCAAAUGCACACUCGUCUACAAAGCCACACGCCAGCAUGCGCGCAACCUCGGCCUCUUCGCCCUCGUCUACAAAACCACGAUGCUGUUCCUCCGACAAACCUCCCCCACGGGCAAAGAGCGUCACUACGACUCCUUCCUCGCCGGCCUCCUCGGCGGCUACACCGUCUUUGGCCGCACAAUCCACAACUCCGUCUCCCAGCAGAUCGUCAUCUACGUGUUUGCGCGUGUGUGUCUAGCGCUCGCGAAGCUCGCCGUACAGCCUCGACACGUCGCGGGGACGCCCGGGGGUGGCGGUGGGUGGGAGCUGUUUGGAGACGGGGAGAUGAGGCGGAGCCUGGUGAGGAACGGAUGGCCGGCGUUUGCGAGUCUGAGUUGGGCCAUGGUUAUGUAUCUGUUCAGGUGGCAUCCCGAGACAGUGCAGAGCAGUCUGAGGAGCAGCAUGAGCUACAUUUACGUGCAGUCGGAUCACUGGGACUCGUUACGGACAUUGGUGUGGCACAACAAGUGA